AAGUAAUGGUCGACACGAAGUGUGGUUUGAUUUGGCGCUCAAAACAGUGGCUCUUAUUGUGACACAUCUUUGACUACAUUGUCAUCACUUGUCAACACAUCCAACACAUCCCAUACACAUCAAUGGCCGGUUCAUCACUAAUGAGGUCUCGUUUCGAGGAGUUUGUAUCGCUCGCUAACGAAUCGAUUGCCAUUCAAUUGGUCUCAAAUGAGGACCAAUUGGCCGAAGAGUCCCAAAAGUUACCCAAGAGUUCUCCCAAAGAGUUUAAUCCGGAAUUUAGUCACCAGUUGUUUGGCGACAAUGAGUCCAUAUUUGGUUAUCGAGACCUUAAAGUCAAACUGUAUUACUCUUCGGCAAAACUCAACUGUUUUUUGGGCAUUAAUUUCGCCGAAAAAGUGACAAAAGACGAGACAAAUGGCAUCGAAGCGGACGACGUCCUCAACACUAUCGCCAAGAAAUUAGAGAUCAAUUUUUGCCAAUCGAUGGAUGAGUUCCGCUCUUUGCUCUCAAAAGAGUCUCAAUUCAAACCAUACGGACAACUGAUGGACAGCUUUUCGAUUGACCACAAGACCGACGAGAAGGUGACGAAAAGGCAUUUCGAGAUAUACAGCGCCGACAUAUUGGUGCCCGGCUUUGACGCCUAUCACCAGCGAAUGCAGACCUUCUUGUGGUGGCUCAUCGACGCCGCCUCCUAUAUCGAUGUGGACGACGAGCGCUGGCAGUACUUCAUUCUCUACGAGAAGACAUCGGCCAACUCGUCGUCCCUAACCAAUGGCCACUCGGCGGCCGACGACAACUCCAUCUACUGUUUCGCCGGUUACGCCACUGUUUACCGCUAUUACGCUUAUCCGCAACGAAUACGUCCCCGAAUUUCUCAGUUUUUGAUUUUACCGCCGUUUCAAAAGUGCGGACUCGGGACCAAACUUUUGGACACUAUUUAUGGCUUUUACAUAAAGGAUAGCAAUGUGUACGACAUUACAGUCGAAGAUCCGUCGGAUAACUUCACUCGAGUUCGCGAUUUUGUGGAUUCAAAGAACUGCAAAACGUUGGACUCAUUUAGUGUGGAGAAACUGAAACUCGGAUGGAGUGAAGCGAUGGCCACCGAAGCGUUGACUCACCUCAAGAUCAACAAACGACAGGCGCGUCGAGUGUAUGAAAUACUUCGGUUUCGUUGUACCGAUCGUUCCGAUGCCGACCAAUACAAGUGCUAUCGUCUAGUAGUGAAGCAGAGGCUCAACGCUCCCAAUCAGAAGCAAAUACUCGACUAUAAGAAACUGGAAAAACUCAAGAAAUUUCCCGAACAGGAACUGGCGUUCAUUAAACAGACAACUAUUCCUGCACUCGAAGUGAGACUCGAUUUGUUGGACAAACAGUACAAAGAAUUAGAAGAAGAAUAUCAACAUAUAGUCGAAAGGCUGGCCGAGAGUUAAAGAAAUAGUUUUAGCACAAAUAAUGUAUUACUGCAUCCCAUUUGUCUUUUUGUAAAUUUCAUCAAUUUUUUUAUUAUUACUUUAUUAUUAUAGCUCUCAUAGAGACAUGUAUUUAAAUCAAUUCUUGCAUUUUGUGCAAAAAUCUGUUAAAAAUAACACAAUUAAAAGCAAAG